UGAACAGCUGUCCUCAGUGGUGGCAGGCACUUACGUCUAUCUGUUUAUCUCCACACUGCAACUUUGUUCCUUGUGUUCUUUGUUACCUGAUCAGUUGGUUUGGGUGGCAUGAAGGCCCUUUAAAAAGUGUCAUUGAAAUUUUGUAGAAAUAGGGUGAAAAGCUUACACAACAAGUGCGUGCUAUUCAGUGAGUGCAAGUGUUUGUUGUAGAACAAGCCCAAAAAGUAAAAAAUACAAAAGGAACACUUCUGCGGUGUGUUUACGAAAAGCGGUGAAAAAAACAAACUGCGUUAAAUGUCUUCAUCGGAAGUCAACAUAUCGCGUUUGCUGAUCCUAGCGCAGAAAUUUAACAACUUCUACCUAAAAGGUGAGAAAUGCAGUCAUCAAUAUCCGGUCUUUUGUUUAGAGGUUUUCAUAAAUGUGACACUCGGCCAUUUGUAGUUGAGGGUCAACAAGUUGGUCUCAUCAAGUCAGAUGUUCUAAAGCAUCUCAUAAAGUAUCCUGAAGUAUUUUGCAUCCGGGACUGCGAGCAAACCAAACAGGGGUUUGUUGAGCUGAAUCCUGCAUUCCGUGAUUACAAUGAGCGCACUGAGCAACUCGAAAAGGUAUUGCGUAACCUACGUUCUGAGGGAUUACUUCCUGCUUUACAGGGAUGGAGGGAUGAGUACUUUGAAGUAAAGUCGGAACGUAGGGCUCUACUGAAAAUGGAACGAGCAGCAACACCGCUUUUUGGAGUGCGCAAGUAUGGCGUCGAUAUCAACGGUUACGUGAGACAUCCGACGCUUGGAUUAUGUAUUUGGCUGCAGCAGCGAUCCAAUACAAAAGAGACAUGGCCUGGAAAGUGGGACAAUAUGGUAGGCGGUGGACUUUCUGUAGGCCUUGGCAUUAAGGAGACUGCAAUUAAGGAAGCAGCUGAGGAGGCAUCAAUUCCUUUUCAUCUUGUCAUGAACUUGGUGUCCGCAGGAUGUGUCUCAUUUUACUUUGAAAGCCGGCAAGGGCUUUUUCCCAAUACCGAAUAUGUUUUCGACCUAGAGCUACCGGUUGACUUUGUUCCGCAGAAUGCUGACGGAGAGGUACAGGCUUUCGAGCUGCUUCCAGCCAAGGAGUGCAUGGAGCGAGUAUUUACUUCAGAUUUCAAAACAACUUCAGCGCCUGUGGUCAUUGAUUUUCUUAUCCGACACGGGCAUAUAACUGCUGAUGAUGUGGUAGACUUUACGCAAAUCGUUGAGCUCUUGCACGUUCCCUUACAGUCCCUUUAUACGUACAAGGCACAUUUGGGACAGUUUCAAAGGCAACAUCAGAAUUUGCAGGGCGAUACCAAAAAUUACCGUUGUUUAAGCUUCCAAAAAUCGAUGGAGAAUGGGCACAAAAAGGCAACUUAAUCAUAAAUGUAUAGUUUUCAGGAAAUCAGGAUUGUGUCAAACAAGAAUCAAAAGACUGUUAUUGAUGGGAAAUUUCCAAACCCAAGACAGCAGCUAAUGACGGAUAAAACAUAUAUAAGUGUGUUAUAUUUAUUACCCAAACGUAAAGACAAGAGACAAGAGAGAAACGUGUAACUAAACUUAAUCUAAUAUUUGACAUUUUUAAUGACGAUAAUUUAAAAGUUUAAAGCUAGGACUGCAAAAGUUAAAAAUUAAGCAGAUAAGUAAAUAAAGCUAACUAAACCGGAUUAUGUUGUAGAUCAGCGGUCGGCACGGAAUAUUAUGACAUUUUGUUUUUUAUUUAUGUGAGUAAUUUGCACGGGGCAGCUAAUCGAUGUGUAUGUGACGACGGCUGUUCUACGGUGUUCGUGUGCUGACAGAGGCUGAGCGAAGCUAUUUCCUAUGCCCGCUUAAUGGGACGCUGCCGACCGCUGUUGUAGAAUUUGAAGGUUUCAAUUAUUUUCUGGGAUAAUUACGUUGGAAGUGAUUGCCGUAAGCCUUAAGUUGAUGUAAGUCCAUCGUUUAAUGUCGUUUUAUUGAAAAAAUUUCAGCGUUUUAUGUUAAAUAUGUAUUUCUAUACAUUUGACGAAAAUUAGCAUUUAUUCUUGAAAUAUUUUUUCCAUAAUAUUCCAAUAACUUUUACGUCUAUAAUUUUUAAAAUGUUAUGAAAAACACGGACAAAAUUAAAAAAAUGUAUUAGAGAUAGUUAAAUAGCAAUAAUAUUUAAUAUUAAAAUAACGUUCACUACUAUGUGUGUACCACAGUGCUCAAAUUUAAGUGAAAUCGACAUUAUGUUAGAUAGUUUUCUGUUCAAAAUUUAAUUUAUUUUGAUUCUUAAUAAAAAAGGAUUCAUUAUUGAUUUACACCUUAUUGAAAUUUAGUCACGACAAUACUAGAGGGUUAUUACAUUAAUGAUAAACCAUUUUAUCAUCAGGGUUCUAUUCGUUUUUAUCAUGCGUCAACAGCCUUGAACCAGUCAGUGGCCGGUAAAGAGGCCAACCAUUGCACGCGUUUACUUAAUACAAAAAAUUACAACCAUAGACAAAUGUGCCUUGCUUAAUUUUACAAAGAAAAAAGCAUUUACAAAAAGAAAAAAAAUCUAAAGAUGUUAGUAUUCAGGGACCUUUAUCAUAGUAAGUUAUUUUAAAAACAACAAGGAACGCUAUAUCCGACCAUGUCGACUCUUAGAUACCCGUUACUCAGCUAAGGGAAGUGCGAGGGAGAUAAGCAUGCAGCAAAUCGGCUGUUUCCGAUGUUGCGUUAAAGUGGGCGUGGCACUUCGCUGAAACAAACUUCCGCUACCCUAGAACCCCUAGAAUCUGUAUGCUUAAUCCCAACUAUAUAGCUUAUGGUUUCCGCGAUGUCAGCGUUCAUACUGACGGAAUAGUUCAUAAUAUCUUAUAUAAUAAUAAAAAUAUGUUAUAUAUAAGUGAUAUAUGUAUGUAAUAUAUUCAGACUGUGAACAUAUUAAAAUUUAAUACAAAACGUUUGGAAUGUAAUAUAAUCAGCGGUUCAUAUGUAGACAAUACAGUGAAUCACAUGUUACAUGAGUUUGGCAUUAAUGUUCCGCCUGGGACAUCACCACAUAACCUAAUUUAUUUUCUAAUCAACCGUGACGAAAUAAGCACCAUUAUCUAUACGCAUAGUUGCUCAAAACAGUUAAAACGUUUCGAUUCUGAUGCACAUUCGGUUGAUAGAAUGAUUAUUUAUAUAAAUUAAGUUAUAAAAGAACUAGCUUAAGCCUUCAGCCAAGCAUUACUAAUUGUAAAGCUGUAGAAAGAGGAGAAACUGUAAAAAAAGAUUUGAAAAAUAAACUAUUAUUAAAGUCGUUAGCACUGAAACUUCGGGUAUAAUAAAAAAAUUGAACAAAAUUGUAAAUGUUCGAGUAAAUGUUUACUCAUAUGAGAGUAUUUCGAAGAAAGAGUUUUAUACUUAUUUAUCGUGUAAUCAAACAUUUGAACCAAAAGAUUAAAUUCGUAAUGUAAUCAUCUUUUUUUAAUGAUUGAUACAUUUUGUAAACUUAAAACCGCUUUUUAAAUGGUUUAUACAAAGAAAACACCUAUUUUUUCAUAACUAUGAAUGGGCUUCAUAGUUCUACCCAAGCACACAUUUAAAUGUAAGUAAUGAUUAUUUGUAAGCCACACUUUUUCGCUUACAAGCAAUGAUUAUUUCUGAUAAAUACUUAUAAAACUCAGAAAUAAUUAUUAUUUCUGACCAAAAUCAAUUAAAAA